AUGGCCUUGUUGGGGAAGCGCUGUGACAUUCCCGCCAACGGCUGCGGACCCGACCGUUGGAACUCUGCCUUUACCCGCAAAGACGAGAUCAUCACCAGCCUCGUGUCUGCCUUAGAUUCCAUGUGCUCAGCGCUUUCCAAGCUGAACGCAGAGGUGGCCUGUGUUGCUGUGCAUGAUGAGAGCGCCUUCGUGGUGGGUACCGAGAAAGGGAGAAUGUUCCUGAAUGCACGGAAGGAGCUGCAGUCAGACUUCCUCAGGUUCUGCCGAGGGGCCCCGUGGAAAGAGCCGGAGGCAGAGCACCCCAAGAAGGUGUUGCGGGGCGAGGGUGGCGGCCGGAACAUCCCUCGGUCUUCCCUGGAACAUGGCUCGGAUGUGUACCUUCUGCGGAAGAUGGUAGAGGAGGUGUUUGAUGUUCUUUAUAGCGAGGCCCUGGGAAGGGCCAGCGUGGUACCCCUGCCCUAUGAGAGGCUGCUCAGGGAGCCGGGGCUGCUGGCCGUGCAGGGGCUACCCGAGGGCCUGGCCUUCCGGAGACCAGCAGACUAUGACCCCAAGGCCCUCAUGGCCAUCCUGGAGCACAGCCACCGUAUCCGCUUCAAGCUCAAGAGGCCGCUUGAGGACGGCGGGCGGGACUCUAAGGCCCUGGUGGAACUGAACGGUGUCUCCCUGAUAGCCAAGGGGUCCCGGGACUGUGGCCUGCACGGCCAGGCCCCCAAGGGGCCACCCCAGGACCUCCCCCCCACCGCCACCUCCUCCUCUGUGGCCAGCUUCCUGUACAGCACCGCGCUCCCUAACCACACCACAAGAGAGCUCAAGCAGGAGGCGUCCGCCUGCCCACUUGCCCCCAGUGACCUGGGCCUUGGCCGGCCUGGGCCUGAACCCAAGGCCUCUGGCACCCAAGACUGCUGUGGACAGAAGCCCCCUGGGCCUGGUGGUCCUCUCAUCCAGAAUGUCCAUGCCUCGAAGCGCAUCCUGUUCUCCAUCGUCCAUGACAAGUCAGAGAAGUGGGACGCCUUCAUAAAGGAAACGGAGGACAUUAACACGCUCCGGGAGUGUGUGCAGAUCCUGUUUAACAGCAGAUAUGCGGAAGCCCUGGGCCUGGACCACAUGGUCCCCGUCCCCUACAGGAAGAUUGCCUGCGACCCGGAGGCUGUGGAAAUUGUGGGCAUCCCGGACAAGAUCCCCUUCAAGCGCCCCUGCACCUAUGGGGUCCCUAAGCUGAAGCGGAUCCUGGAGGAGCGGCACAGCAUCCACUUCAUCAUUAAGAGGAUGUUUGAUGAGCGGAUUUUCACAGGGAACAAGUUUACCAAAGACCCCACGAAGCUGGAGCCAGCCAGCCCGCCAGAAGAUACCUCUACAGAACUCUCCCGUGCCACGGUCCUCGACCUGCCCGGGACCACUCGGUCAGACAAGAACAGUAUCUCUGAAGACUGUGGGCCAGGAACUUCUGGGGAGUUGAGUGGGCUGAGGCCCAUUAAAAUUGAGCCAGAGGAUCUAGAUAUUAUUCAGGUCACCGUCCCAGACCCUUCGCCCACCUCUGAGGAAAUGACAGACUCAAUGCCUGGGCAUCUGCCCUCAGAAGAUUCUGGUUAUGGGAUGGAGAUGCUGACUGAGAAAGGCCCCAGCGAGGACCCGCGGCCUGAGGAGAGGCCCAUGGAGGACAGCCACGGUGACGUGAUCCGGCCCCUGCGGAAGCAGGUGGAGCUGCUCUUCAACACACGAUAUGCCAAGGCCAUUGGCAUCUCGGAGCCCGUCAAGGUGCCGUACUCCAAGUUUCUGAUGUACCCAGAGGAGCUGUUUGUGGUGGGGCUGCCCGAAGGCAUCUCCCUCCGCAGGCCCAACUGCUUCGGGAUCGCCAAGCUCCGGAAGAUCCUGGAAGCCAGCAACAGUAUCCAGUUUGUCAUCAAGAGGCCUGAGCUGCUCACCGAGGGAGUCAAAGAGCCCAUCACGGACAGCCAAGAGAGGGAUUCCGGGGACCCCCUUGUGGACGAGAGCCUGAAGAGACAGGGUUUUCAAGAAAAUUAUGAUACUAGACUCUCGCGCAUCGACAUCGCCAACACGCUGAGGGAGCAAGUCCAGGAUCUGUUCAAUAAGAAAUACGGAGAAGCCCUGGGCAUCAAAUACCCAGUCCAAGUCCCCUACAAGCGGAUCAAGAGUAACCCCGGCUCAGUGAUCAUUGAGGGGCUCCCCCCAGGAAUCCCGUUUCGGAAGCCCUGCACCUUUGGCUCCCAGAACCUGGAGAGGAUCCUCGCAGUGGCUGACAAGAUCAAGUUCACAGUCACCAGGCCUUUUCAAGGACUCAUCCCAAAGCCUGAUGAAGAUGACGCCAACAGACUAGGGGAGAAGGUGAUCCUCCGCGAGCAGGUGAAGGAGCUCUUCAAUGAGAAAUACGGUGAGGCCCUGGGGCUGAACCGGCCCGUGCUGGUACCUUAUAAACUGAUCCGGGACAGCCCUGACGCCGUUGAGGUCACGGGCCUGCCUGACGAUAUCCCCUUCCGGAACCCCAACACGUAUGACAUCCACCGGCUGGAGAAGAUCCUGAAGGCCCGGGAGCACGUGCGCAUGGUCAUCAUCAACCAGCUCCAACCUUUCACAGAAAUCUGCAAUGAUGCCAAGGUGCCAGCCAAAGACAGCAGCAUUCCCAAGCGCAAGAGAAAGAGGGUUUCUGAAGGGAACUCCUUCUCCUCCUCCUCGUCUUCCUCCUCCUCAUCCUCUAACCCGGAGUCCGUGGCAUCCACCAACCAGAUCUCACUCGUGGUAAAGUUGCACAGAUCCGGACCUGACCGCCCUGCUCUUUGGCCUUCACCCUGCGCUUGGGCCGGGCCGUCUGCUCUGGGACAUGGGUUUGGGGUGCAGGGAGGCACUAAGCUCUGAGUGGGGCUCCUUGGCCUCAGGGUUGCACACCCAUCUGCCGGACCUACUGGAGAGGUAGCCCAGGCCUGUCAUCGGGCUGCUCACGUGCACCUGGGCAGGAAGCCACACCCCCACUGGGCAUGUGGGCAAGCCGAAGCUGGGAGAGGGUAGGGGACUCCCCUGGGCGGUGCCAGAGCAGUACCCAGAGCUGACUCUCAGGUUCCUGGGUUGCCAGAUGCUAAGUUAAUCUCUGUGCUCAUAUCAUGCGCCCUGGGCCUCACCACAGCCCUGUGAGGUGUGGGUGUUACCCACAGGGUACGGAGGAGGGAAACAAGGGUCAAGGGCUGGUUGACUGUGGCCUCACUGUGGUCAGCGGUGGUGGAUGGAUGGCCCACCUGCAAGCUCCUCCUAUCCUGCCAUGUGGUUGGAUUGGGUUCUCUCCCAUCCAAGAGAAGAGCUCAUUUUAGGGGCACACAUACUUGCCAGUUCUUUCUUAUCUCAAAAUACUAGCUUUGAAAUCCUGAGUCCAGUGGGGAGAAUGCUGGAGCACAUUUGAAAAUGAUUUGGGGAUUUAUUUUUGACCGUGCCUCCCUCUAACCCCUUUCCUAGGAAACCCCAAAGUUCAGGCUGUACCUUUCUCCCCACCACGAGUGCCUAUAGGGGGUCCCUAGUUCUUCCCACAUCCAAGAGACAGGACUCUUUGGAGCAUAAGCCCUGGAGAGGGCUGAGUUUGUGGGGGUGACCACCUGGGAGUGUUCAGAGCCACUCCUCAAUCCCAUCUGGUCCACAUGAGUAGUGCCUGGGACAGGUGGGAACAGGUCAGAAGGCCCCAGCCCAGGCUCCAUGGCCACUGGUGGACUGUGUGACCUUGGACAGGUCACAUCCCCUCCCUGGACCUCCAGCCGCCUCAGAGUGAAUAGCAUCUGAGAAGGCCCUUCCGAAAGCAGAGCUAAGUGGUCUGGCGUUCUUUCCGUGUCAUCUGGAGUCCUAACCCAGACCAUUUGUCCCCUCU